AUGGCGGCUCAAGACGCGCCAAAGCUCCUGUGGAAUCCCGACAACGUCAAAGACGUAGCCGAGUCCGUCGGCAUCCCGAACCUCAACGACGAAGCUCUGCGCUGCCUCACCCAGGAUGUCGAGUACCGAAUCGGCCAGGUCCUCGUCGAGGCCCUGCGCUUCAUGCGCGCUGCUCGCCGCACCACUUUGACCGUCAACGACAUCAGUACCGCUCUCAAAGUUCUUAACAUCGAACCUUUGUACGGAUACGACUCGACGCGUCCGCUGCGAUUCGGCGAGGCUAGCCUCGGCCCCGGUCAACCGCUGUUCUACAUCGAGGACGAGGAGGUCGAUUUCGAGAAGCUCAUCAACGCGCCCUUGCCCAAGGUGCCGCGCGACAUGAGCUUCACAGCACACUGGCUCGCAAUCGAAGGCGUACAACCAUCCAUCCCCCAGAACCCGACGACAGCCGAAUCCCGAUCGCAAGAACUCGUACCCAAGGGCCCCGGUGCUAACCCCGCCCUGGCCGCUCUUGCCGGCAACGACUCCAUCUCAUUCCGACCCGCCGUCAAGCACGUUGUUUCUAAGGAACUCAUCCUCUACUUCGAAAAGGUCCAGAACGCCAUCCUCGACGACAAUCCAGACGAGGAAGUUGGGCGUCUCCGCCAGGCCGCUCUUGCCUCCGUCCGCGACGACCCCGGCCUGCACCAGCUGAUCCCCUACUUUAUCAACUUCGUCGCGAACCAAGUCACCCACCGCCUCGACGAUGUCUUCAUCCUCCGCCAGUCCAUGGAGCUGACGCUGGCCCUCAUCCAAAACAAGAAGCUCUUCCUCGACCCCUACGCCAACUCCAUCGCCGCACCCGUGUUAACCUGCAUCCUCAGCCGCAAGAUCGGCGCCGAGGACGGCUCUGAUGCGGUGAAGGAGCAGUACAAGCUACGCGAAUUCUCAGCGUCGCUGCUCGGCGAGAUUGCGCGGAAGUACUCGGCCUCCAACAACCUCCUCAGACCCAAGCUCGUGCGCACGUGUCUGAAGUUCUUCAUGGACCCGGAUAAGCCCCCCGCUGCGCACUUUGGCGCCAUCUCUGGUGUCGCGUCGGCUGGCGGUCCCGAGGCGGUGCGUGUGCUUGUGCUUAAGUGUCUGAGGGCGUACCAUGACAACAUCCUUCAGCCGUUGAAGGAGAAGGGCGAGGGGAUCGACUUUGAGAUGCUGGUUGGUGGCAUUCUGAAAGCGAUCAGCACAAUGGCCGAGAGCGACAAGACCCCCGUCAACGGCGUGAACGGCAGCGUCGACAAUUAUGCCACCGAGCUCAACGAGUUCAUCGGCCCCAUCCUCGGCGCCCGUGUACUCAGCUCAGGGAACUCAAGAGUGAUCCGGCAAAUUCUGGAUGCCCGAAACAUCGAAUAG